AUGAAUAUCUUCCAAUUAUUACUGCUAGCUGGUCUAGCUGUGGCCAAGCAGCCCAACAUCCUCUUCAUCUUAACCGAUGAUCAGGGCAAGCAUGUAGGAGGGUUAGACCACAUGCCUAAACUUCAGGAAAAACUCGUCGAAAAAGGAGUAUCCUACCCCAAGCACUAUUGCUCUAUUGCACUCUGUUGUCCCUCUCGCGCAAACCUUUGGACAGGCCGCAUGCCACACAACACAAAUGUCACAGACGUCAGCCUUCCCUAUGGCGGAUAUCCUAAGGUGGUAGAAGCCGGCUGGAACGACAACUAUCUACCGCUCUGGAUGCAAGAUGCCGGGUAUAAUACAUACUACGUCGGCAAGCUAUGGAACUCCCACACAGAAGAAAAUUAUAACAAGCCCUAUGCUCGCGGUUUUAACGGUUCAGACUUCCUGCUCGAUCCUUGGACUUAUCGCUACUAUUAUGCGCGGAUGACCCGCAACGGAAACCCACCCGUCAACUACAACGGUAACUACUCAACCGACGUGAUCACUGAGAAGGCCUCAGGCUUCUUGGAUGAAGCGAUCGCACAGGAUAGACCGUGGAUGUUAACUGUGGCGCCGAAUGCACCACAUGCGAAUGGCUCAACGAAUAACGGAGUGACCUGGUUUGGGGAGCCUGAGUAUGCGCCACGACACGCGGAUUUAUUUAAAGAUGUCAAAGCGCCACGAGAUUCGAGCUUUAACAAGCCGAUCGAUGGUGCCGUCAGCUGGACGGAGAACAUACCCGAGCUGAACCAGACCGAGGUGGAUUAUAUUGAUGUCUUCCAGCGAUGUCGGUUGCGCGCGCUGCAGGCAGUUGAUGAUAUGAUUGGGAGCUUGAUUGAUCAGUUGGAGAAAGCUGGUGAACUAGAUAAUACAUAUAUCUUCUACUCAACGGAUAAUGGCUACCAUCUUGGUCAACACCGUCUCCAACCGGGCAAGAAUUGUGGAUAUGAAACCGAUAUUAACGUUCCUCUUAUCGUUCGAGGUCCUGGGAUCCCUGAGAACCAAACUUUGAAUGCUGUCACCAGCCACACAGAUCUUGCCCCGACUUUUUUGUCUAUCGCCAACUCUACAAGAGACGGGUUGGAUGGAAAGGCUAUUCCAACAACCGUCGCCGCCAGCAAUGCUGACAACAAGACCGAGCACGUCGCCAUUGAAUAUUGGGGCUUAGCUGUUCCCGAGGGAAUCCACGGCUACGCUAGCAACAAGCUCAACGAGGUCGGUAACAGCUACAAGAACAACACUUACAAGGCAAUCCGCCUCGUCUCCGACAGCUACAGCCUUUACUACGCAGUCUGGUGCACAAACGAAAAAGAACUCUACGAUCUCAAGGAUGAUCCCGACCAAACAAUCAAUCUAGCAGCAAACCCCUCUCAACACGAAAACUUCAAGGUCGCAAACCGAGACAUUACGAAGGUCAUGGACCGUCUUGACGCUUUAAUGAUGGUCCUCAAGUCCUGCCAUGGAGACGAAUGUCGAUACCCGUGGCUCCAACUCCAUCCUAAAGGUCAGGUUGGUACACUAGCUGAAGCGCUGGUAUCUGGGUUCGAUACUUUUUAUGAGAAUCAGCCGAAGGUUACUUUUUCAGCUUGUGAGCUUGGGUAUAUUGUGGCGUCGGAGGGUGCGCAAAAAUUUGAUGUUUAUGUAGGUGGUAGUGAGAAGAGAUGGGAUGAUUUACUUGAUAUGUAA